AUGGCGGCAUCUCUGUUCACUUACUCCUCCACCUCUCGAAGGGUAGUUCCUGCCCCAAACUCUCCUCCUCUUCCAAUUCACAUCAAGGCUACAAACAUUGUUUUCAACCCUGAUAUUCCAGAGGUUCAUCGAGGUCUUGGACUCGAUGAUUUUGUCAAUUUCUUUGCUUCCUGCCGCCUACGAUACGCAAUCAGUGAUGUUCCAUCCGAGUUCUUCCCUGAACAAGUAUGUGAGUUCUACUACACUGCAACUGUCAAUGAUGACAACAAUGCCAUCACCGGGACCAUUGGCCAUGGAAGACACUCUGUCUUCAUCACCGCAGAACUUCUCAGUGCUGCCCUAAGGUUACCUAUCUUUGAACCUUUCUCUGAACCUCCCAUUAUUGAAUGGUGUCGACGUUUGUUUGAUCAACUGGGUUAUGAUCACUCAAAGGCUGGUACUCGAUCAGCUCUUAUCUUGCGCCAAUGUAUGACCCCAGUCGUCUGCUCACUUCUUCUCAACAAAAGACUAGAUUAUGGAGCUCUAUUCUUUGAUCAGCUUGUUCAGCUUCUUCGUGCAAAUGUACGCGCUGAUCAUGUUCGGUUUCCACGCUGGAUUGCUCUUGUGUUCGACAAAUUCUUUGCUGCAGACUACUUCUCGCAUUCUGGAAAUCCCAUCCAAUUCCCUCGCAUGUCUGUUCGCAUGUAUCAAGAUGAUCCUCUGGAUACUGACAUUGGAAUCUCUGAUAGGAUGAGAGAAUGGAUUGCAAAUCCAUACUUUGUUCCUUCUCUCACCGCUGACACUGAUGAAGGAGGUACUGAUGGUAAUCAUGUAGAUCAAGCCGGUCAAGAGGAUGAACCAUAUGAUGGUGGUCAUUUCUCUCCUCAACUUUCUCAUCAUAUCGACUCAGUUGCUAAUGUUCCCUCAGCUCAACAGGAUUCACUGAGUCCGGGGGAGCAACAAUUUCAGGGGGAGCAACAAUUUCAGGAGGAGCAACUAUCCCAGGGGGAGCAUCCCUCUCCGAGGGAGAAUCCACCUCAUGGGGACCAAUAUUCUCCGUUAAUGCCUCCUAGCUCUCCAGCAGCUCCAGCUACUUCAGUUGUUCAGAUUUCGGCCUCAGCAUUUACUGAACUUCUGACACUGACUCGGGACAUGAAUCAGCGUCUUCUACGCAUUGAGGCUGAUGUUCACCAGCUAAAGGAAGUUCUCCUGAAAACUCCCCCCUCUAGUCCCCAAUCUGAUGAUGCUCAAAAAGGGGGAGAUACUGAUGAUGAUGCUGAUGCUGAUGAUAAUGCUGACCGUGAACCGAAUGAGAGAGUCACUGAACCUGUUGACAACACUCCUGUUCUGCCUGAAUCACCUGAAUCAUCAAUGCCAAUGCAUGAGUUUGACUCUGCGGGGCACAAUAGUCCAGCAGCUACUAAAAAGCUGAUUGAAGAUAGUGAGCAUGAUGAAGAUGCUGAUGAACCAGAUGAUGAAUGUCAAAUACUGGAUAUGAACUUCAUUAAUCCGCUAUCAGUCGAUCCUGGUGCUGGUCCCAUCAUUCCGGUCCAAGGAGAGGAUUCAGACGUUGCCAGUGAAGAAUCUCAUCCGCUAUCUCGAAAGCGUAAGGUAUGGAUAUUCUGA